AUGGCACGUCGCGGUUUAUCGUUGCAAGAAAUGCUUGAUUUCAUUCAAGAACUCGAUGAAGCAGAAGAUCAAAAUCAACUGUGUGAUAUUCCAACCACUCCUUAUAUCGAGCCUCCUGUGGAUGACAACGAAUCUGGCGAAGAUGACGCUGAAGAUGAUUGUGCGGGCAUUCCAGAUAAUGUUUGCCCGGCUCAGCUAAGAGCGCCAAAUCCAGGAGAUUUGUCUGUUAUUGAGGUUGAAGACACUUAUAAUGAGAUGGAGGAUGAAGAAACAACGGCUAAUCGUUCAGAAUCUCCAAUGAGGAAGCGCUUACGUAAAAUUGAACCGAAACCUUCAAACGUUGCAUUGCCAUCAGGAAACAAGGAAACUGUAUUUGAAUGGGUCAAGAAGAAAUCGUCAUCUCUAAUUCCAAUUUUUCCAAGCGCAAAUUACGAAGAUUGUCGCCAUUCACUGCCACUCGAACAGUUUGAAAAAUGUUUUGAUGACACAUUAUUGGAACAUAUUUGCGAACAAAGUGCAUUAUAUUCGGUGGAACAGAAUAGACCGAACCCAAAUAUAAUAGUCAGCGAACUUAGAGCAUUCAUAGGCAUAUUGAUCGUCACUGGCUACAAUUAUCACUCCAAUUACAAACAUUUGUGGAGUCAGGAUGAAGACAUUCGGAACAAUCUUGUCAGUAACACCAUGCGUCGGAAUCGUUUUCAAGAGAUUUAG